GAUUUACGACAGUGUGGUGCGUUUACGGCCUCUCAAGAUAAUUGCUGUGAUAGAGGUAAACAAGCAAACUCGGCGAGGCUUUCUGCUCCCAAAGUGGGAAUACCACAAAGUUAGCAUUUGGUGUCUUUGGACUGUUCCUGUUAAGGAUUUAAGACCAGUGCUCCCUGGAAGACUUCCUGACUAAAUGAAGGAUAAAUAAAAAAAUAAGUGACAAUGCUGCUCCAAAAUCGAGCUGCGUUUGCCCUCGGUCUUCGCAUGUACUCCACUAAUGUGACGAGAGGGCCUUUGAUGGACACAGCAAGACCAAACUCAGACAUGUCUGAAUUCCGUAAAGCCUUUUCUAAAGCCAAGCACAUAGCAAUCAUCACAGGGGCAGGUGUGAGUGUAGAGAGCGGAGUACCAACGUUCAGGGGAGAAAAUGAGAAGUGGAGGAAGUGGCAAUCUCAGGACCUGGCGACACCGGAGGCCUUCUCUCGCAACCCGUCUCGUGUCUGGGAGUUCUACCAUUACAGAAGGGAGCAGGCUUUGAGCAAGAGGCCCAAUGCCGCCCAUCUAGCCAUAGCAGAGUGUGAGGCCCGGCUGAGGAAGCAGGGACGCUCCGUGGUUGUCAUCACCCAGUGCAUAGAUGACCUCCACCGACAGGCCGGGUCCAAACAUGUGCUCAAGGUUCAUGGCAGUCUGAUGGAGACUCGCUGUGUGAGCUGUGGAGAAGUGUCUGUGAACAAGAGAAGCCCCAUAUGUGCUGCCCUAAAGGACAAAGGUGCCCCUGACCCAGAUGUUGCUGAUGCCCAGAUUCCUGUGGAUAAACUGCCAAGGUGUGAUGAAAGCGACUGCCGCGGUCUGCUGAGGCCCAACGUGGUGUUUUUCGGAGAAACUCUGGACUCUCACAUCUUGACCAAGGUGGAAAAAGAGAUGGAAAUCUGUGAUCUCUGUCUGGUGGUGGGCACAUCUUCAAUCGUUUACCCAGCAGCCAUGUUUGGCCCUCAGAUUGCGUCCAGGGGCAUUCCAGUGGCGGAAUUCAAUACACAAACAACACCAAAAACGGAGUACUUCACGCACCAUUUCCAGGGUCCAUGUGGAACUACACUGCCUCCAGCUUUGGCGCGACAUGAGUCAGAGGUUAUUUAAGAGCCACAGAAAUGGCUUUACAGACAGCAACCAGUGGCUUCUUCUACAGACUAUCCAAGGCUCGGCGGGG